UUCUCACAUUACAAACCAUUUAAUCCCUCUAUUGGAUUUCCUAACACUACUUUAUAAACAGAAACAUGAAAUAAUCAGUUUCAUAAAAUUAAACUAAAUUCACAUAGAAGAAAAUAAAAAUGGAAGUCAUUACUACAAAAUACUUACCUCUCUUGGCUAUCUACCUUAUUUUACUACAUCACCAAAUCACCAUUGCAUAUGAAAUUGUACCCAAUGACAAUAUUAACAAAGUAUGUGCACGAGUACCAAACAAGGAUCUAUGUGUCCAGGUCCUUACAUCAGACCCAUUGAGCCAACACGCGUCUCUACAAGACUUGGGUAUGAUAUCGCUAAAGGUGGCCUCUGCAAAUGCGACCGGGAUACUAACCGAGGUGAAAUUGAUGAUCAAUGAUCCGGAUUUGAACCCUGGAAUUCAACAAGGUUUGGCUGAUUGCAAGGCGACGUUAUUAGAUGCGGAAAGUCAGCUUGAGGAUACCAUGGCUGCUCUUUUGUCGAAGUCAAAACAGGAUGCUCAAGUAUGGCUGAAAGCAGCUUUGGCUGCAAUUGAUACAUGUGAUGCUUCAAUUCCUGGUGAUGAUGAUAUUAUAUCUAAACAGAGUGUAGUUUUUCGUCAAUUGUGCGAAAUUGCUGUUGCCAUUAGUAAGGCUAUGACCAAAGAUUCUCAAGCCCUAGGCCAAGCCCCGGGACAAGCCCAGGUGCCGUCCCAACAAACUUUCAGGCCCCUGCUGAAUUGAUUAAAGAUGCCCUUUGAAGUUUACAUCAUACUUUUAGAGAAGACAACGGGUGUGCAGAUUGGCUUGCCAAAAAGGGCGCUACCUCAAAUGUCUCUGAAGAUUUGGCAUAGUUAUUCCCUUAAGCUUAAUAAUGUUUUGAUAGCUUAUGCUUUAGGUGUUGUUCACCUUCGAGCCUAGCUUGUUUUUCUGCUUUGCUUUGCAUUGCUUUUCUUUUUUGUUGUAUUAGAAACAAAGUUUUUUUAAUAUAAUCUAUAGUUAUUUUUAU